CACAGCAGGUAAGUAUCGCAACCCAGUCAGUUCGAUUUCACUUUCCCUCCAGCCGUCAAUUUCCAAAUUAGAUCUGGUGUAACAAGCGCUGACCAGAUUGUCUGAGUCAGUACCAGGGAAAAGUCGCCACGUAAUCGAGUAACAGCGAGCAAGAUGGCUGCUACCAGUUUCCAUCGGUUCAUGUACCUGCCGUUUGAGCUCCGGGCUCGGGUGUGGGAGCUGACCGCCGAACCCCGUACCGUUGACGUUGCUACGAAGGACAUGAUUAUAAGUCCUAUCGCGUCACUCUGUCGCGAAGCUCGUCAGCUGGGGGUUUAUCGACAGCUCUUCUCCGAGUUGGAAGACAUACGAGACGGCGGUGAGCGGCGCUAUGUUUGGCUUAACCUGGAGCUUGACAUUGUCGACGUUGAGGAUGCUCCUUUGGAGGAUUUCAUCCCUGUUGCAGCCUCGAUCAAACGACUCAAGUUCACGACUGAUUUAAUCAUCACUGAGGAUAUGAUGUUCCUUGGACAGUGUGUCAACUUGAAAGAGCUGCAUAUAGACAACUCUGGAGCCUACGGGCUCAAUUUCUAUGAGGUCUUCAAGAGAUUUCCUCUCCAUUGCGGCAUGGAGAACAUUCUCGUGGUUGACGCUCUGUUAGGUUUGGUACCACUGAAGGUGGAAUAUGAUCUCGCGUCAUGGCUUUUUAGAAGCAGUCUUGGGUUUGCUUCAAAAAUGUUCAAGCCCUUCCCUCCAGAGUGAGAACUUACAACGAGGAUAGAAGGGCUUCAUAGUUACGACCGCGGUGGCGGCGGUGGUUACGGUGUCGAAGGGCGACCUUGGCACGUCCAGGGCAAAAAAAUGUGAACUCUAAAGUACGAUGUCAACGGCAAAUUGGCAAGACACUCACAAGUCUGAAAGGCUGUAAACAUCUAUCGGUGAUGUUAUGGUUUGGGUGGUCUGGCCCGCUGCAGUCCCCAAUAUUUUGUCCUGGACGAGCUUGACUUCCACAGCUUCCGGGCCAACUUGAUAUAGCCCCGGCUAUCAGCACCCGGAGAUAACUUGGUAAUUCCAGUGAUUGGCUG